GUCUUUGAAUCUUUGUUCAUCAUGCAUCUACAGCUAUAUGGUCUAAAAUCUCAUUAAAACCAUUUGAAUCUUGUUUGAGUUUCUGUGUUGCAAUGGAGAAGAUAUCUGCUUCUUCUCUUCUUCUUCUUAUGUUAAUGUUUGUUUUGGAGUUGGAGAUUAAUUUGUGUGUCGCCAUAAAUGCAUCUUCUGGUUGUGUUGCUGCAGAGAGGAAAGCUCUCCUCAAGUUCAAAGCAAGUCUUGUCAAUCCUACGAACAGAUUGUCCUCGUGGAGGGACCUGAACUGUUGCACGUGGGAAGGUGUCACUUGCGACCAGGUUACCGGGCAUGUUAUCAAACUUGAUCUCAGGGGCAAUGUUAGUUUCGACGGUUACAUGAAGAAGGCUAUUUUCGAUGACAGGUUAGUGGGUAAAAGUCUUGAUCCUUCUUUAAGGGAAUUGAAGUAUCUCAAUUAUUUGGACUUGAGUCAGAAUAAGUUUCAAGGAAGUAGAAUUCCUGAAUUUUUAGGAUCAAUGACUGAGUUGCAGUAUCUUAACCUCUCUUGGUGUUUUCUUGAUGGUGUUGUCCCAGACCAUCUUGGCAAUCUGUCAAAGUUGCGCAGCCUAGAUCUCCAUAAUAAUUAUGGCGGCCUUGUAUCCAACGAUAUCACAUGGGUUUCCAACUUUUCAUCGUUGGAAUAUCUUGAUUUGAGUAGGGUUAACCUUUCCCAAACUAAUGAUUUAGUUAAGGUACUCAACGUGCUACCUUCUUUGUCUGUGCUGCGCUUGUCAUGGAGUUCACUUAACAACAAUCACUUAUCCCAUGCUUGCAUAAAUUCUUCAUUUCUUUCACAUGUCUAUCGCUUGGAUCUUAGGGGGAACUCAUUUCACGGAGAAGUUCCUUGCUUUCUCUCCAAUAUGACUUCUCUGAGGAUUCUUGAUCUUUCGUACAAUGGAUACAACACUUCACACUUGCAAUUUUUAAAAGUAAGAAACCUUGUUCAUCUCAACCUUGAUGGGAACCAAUUUGAAUAUGAGUCAGAUUGGAUCUCCGAACUCUUGCGUGAUAAUUGCCGCUUGGAAUCAUUGUCUCUGUCUGGUAAUAACUUUCAUGGGGAGAUCUCAUCAGUUUUCAAUAAUAUUUCUGGAUGUUGGAGUCAAAAUUUGAAGAGCCUAGAAUUGUCAGGAAACAACUUCAAAGGUGAUUUACCAAACGAUUUGGACAAAGUCAAACGAUUAACAUUUCUUCGUCUUUCUUUUUCCAAUAUAAGUGGUGAAAUUCCUGAAUCUCUUGGAAACUUGUCGGGUUUGGAAGUGGUUGAUAUCUCUAAUACCAAGUUAGUGGGUCUCAUUCCAUCAUCCUUUAGAAAGUUGAAAGCAUUGAGAUGGUUGGGUCUCUCUUCGAAUCAAUUAAGUGGUGAAAUUCCUGAAUCUCUUGGAAACUUGUCGGGUUUGGAAGAGUUGGAUAUCUCUUAUAACAAGUUAGUGGGUCUCAUUCCAUCAUCCUUUAGAAAGUUGAAAGCAUUGAGAUUGUUGAGUCUCUCUUAUAAUCAAUUAAGUGGUGAAAUUCCAAUAUUUUUGGGGCAACUAUCAAAUUUGGAGGACCUGGGCAUUUCAGGCAACUUGUUCAAUGGAACAAUUUCUGAGGUUCACUUUGACAAGCUCUCGAAAUUAAAAGCGCUUUCUGUAUCCUCCAACUUGAUCACUUUUAAGUUUAGACAUGGCUGGGUGCCCUCUUUUCAAUUAAAUUUUCUUUUCAUGGGAUCUUCCGAUAUUGGAGGUCAGUUUCCAUCAUGGCUUCAAUCCCAGAAGACACUAGUUUACCUUAAUUUAUCCAAUUGCGGCAUUUCAGGAACUCUACCGAGCGACAUUGGUUACAUGUUACCUCUUCUGAAAUAUUUAUUAAUGAGCCGAAACUCCAUUAAUGGCUCACUACCCGAUUCAUUCUGCAAUAUGAUAGAUUUGUUGGUUAUAGAUCUCUCCAGCAAUAAUUUAUCUGGUAGUAUGUUGGAAUGUUGGCAAAAGUUUCAAGGCUUAAGGUUUUUGUCAUUGUCAUCCAAUGAGCUUUCAGGCACCAUUCCUAAAUCCAUUGGAGGUGCUGGCGGAUUGCAAUGGCUUUUGUUGAACAACAACAUGCUUUCAGGACCAAUUCCCUCCACUUUACAAAACUGUACUUAUUUAGAAGCUUUAGACGUUGGAGAAAAUAUGUUGUCCGGUAAAAUACCUGCAUGGAUCGGAAAUAAGCAACUUUCAUUGUUUAUUCUUAAGUUGAGGAAUAAUCAAUUUCAUGGGGAAAUUCCUCGGGCACUCUGUGAAGCUUCUCAACUUCAAGUGCUAGACCUCGGGAAUAACAAGUUGAGCGGAUACAUCCCGCACUGCAUUGGAAAUCUCUCAGGCAUGAUUGAAAUUAAGACUCCAGGUCUAAUCUCGUAUUUUCAUAGCUUACAUCAAGUGUUCAAAGGAGUAGUGAUGGAGUAUUCUAUGAAUAUAAUAUAUCUUGUUAAUUUGGAUCUUUCAUGCAAUAAUCUUACUGGGAAAAUUCCUUUAGAGAUGACGAACCUUCGCAACUUGUAUGGCCUCAAUUUGUCACAUAAUUCAUUGGAUGGAGAAAUUCCAGCAAAGAUUGGAGAUAUGACGGCUUUGGAAUCUCUUGAUCUUUCGAGCAACAAUUUGUUUGGAAGAAUCCCAAAUAGUCUAUCAAAUCUCUAUUUUCUGAGCCACUUGAACGUAUCCAACAAUAAUUUAUCCGGACAGAUUCCCACAGGAAAGCAACUGCAAACUCUCGGAGACCAUGCAAGUUAUGAUGGCAAUCCUCAACUCUGUGGAGCUCCUCUGCAAAAGAGAUGUCCAGGAGACAAUUCGCCGAAUGCUUCAAAUGUCAAAAAUCAUGUUGAACAAGAUGGAGACUCAAUGGAUAAAAUAUGGUUCUGUGCAUUUGUGGUGGGAGGAUUCGGCACUGGAUUUUGGGGUUUCGUUGGAUUGUUGGUAUUCAAAAGGAGCUUCAGACAAGCUUACUUUGGCUUCACAGAUGAGCUGGGGAACAAGAUUCUGCUUGCCACGGCAUUACUCCGUCGGAGAAUUUCAGGCGUGGCUUUUAGUUACAAGUACUCGAGACAAACAUUGGCUUGUUUGUAAUAGAUGAAAGUUGUAUAUUUGUCUUGAACUGAAGUUUUAUGUACAAUCAAUCACUAGUGAAGUAUGCAAGUAUUUUCACUGCAACAAGCAUUCCUUUUUACCCUGCGAAAAUUGUGAAGAAGAGAAGCCGAGAGACACUUGAAAAUGCGGUCAAUGAUAAAAACUUUCUCAGUUUGGCGGCGGAAACGGAAGUGGCAAUGAGCUUCCAAAGGAUCGAACAUCUUGGCAAGAGUGAUGCAGUUCGAUCCAUUUACUGAGCGACAGAGCAAUUUGUUGUUACGUCUAAAUGAUUAUUUAUGGUUGGGGCUAUCUCUAUGUAGAGGAGAUUUCCUUAGGAUUCUUUAGAUUCGUGUUUUUAUAUAAUUCUUGAUGGAUUAAUAGUCUUUAUUUAAAUCUACGUUUAGCAAGUUAGCUUGAUUGUUUUUA